AGUUCUAUCAUCACUACACAAAAGAAACUUUCAUCGAUCCCUAGUAGGUUACAUGGGUCUAAAUCGACACCUGAUUAUGAGACAAAUGAAAGCAUGAAUCGUCGUCAAUUGAAUUCUCAAGUGAACGUUGAUUCUUUGAAUGGAGGAGUUAGCAAUGGCAGUGGGAUGUUAAGUGAAGAUUUCCAACGGUGGUCUAAUGAUGAGAACUCCGACAGUAUGGUAGGGGUUACCAACAAGGGCCCAGAAGAGAAUGAUGCUAGUGUAGCAUUCAGCAAGAUAGUAAGCAGGAACCGAACUAAUACAAUAAGUUCACAAUCUUCUUUAGCCUCGACGAUGACGAAUACAUCGACCUACCAAAUGUCUAAUUUCCCUGGGACCGGUACUAACUUGGGGGUAUCAAGAUAUUCACCUGGGAAGACCAAAUCACCAUCGAGACCACGGUCCAGGACCUUUACUAAUAGUUCAAUAAAUCGGUUGUCGAGAGAUCUCUCUAACAUUCAGAAUACGUUGAACUUCAUAGGGAACGAGAUGCACAGUGAGACGUAUCUGGACAAUCGGAACAAUAGUAUUGGUGGCAUGGAGAGACAGCACCGGAGGAUGCAGCCGUCGAUCUCUGAAGUGCAUGGUGGUAUGGAUAUAGUGAAGAUGAUGAAUGAAGUUGUUGAUAGCGGCGGGAUUAUAUUUGGAGGAGAGGAUGAGGAAGAAGAAGAGUUUGAUGUUAACAAUGUCGAGAUGGAUGAACGAAUGAGAAAGAUGAACGAGGAGCUACGUCAAAAUGAAUACGAGAUCAUUGAGAACUUUAUGUCAAACACGAAUACGAAUACCCAUAAUGACAACCAUAACCAUAACCAUAGCCAUAGCCAAAAUCAUAAUCAUAAUUAUGAAUAUGAUUAUAAUGAUAAUGAUAAUGAUAAUCAUAACCAUAACCAUAACCAUAACGCCAACCCAAACCAUUACCAUACUCACAAUCGUAUUAAUAACAACGAUAUAGAUGACGAGACACAACAAUCAGCAGCAUACGGAUUCGAAUUCUUUGAUGAGACAUGA